AUGCCUCGAGAUCUAUUGACCAGCCACGAUAUCGUGAUUAUCCGGCGAUCAUACAGAGCAUCUAGAGCCUGGGAAAGGACGCUACAACGGGCUAUGCUGGCUUUGAGCGACCAACAGAUGGUGGCAGGUAUCGCUGUCCUGAUUGCCGGUUUCGCGGGCUGGACCACGAUGUCCGUUUAUCACUGGCAGGUCGUUACUUAUCUCGGAUGGCUAUCAUCAAAUGUGCACCUCACUACUUUGUCCUUCCUACGGGACUACCUUCGGCACAAUACGUUACUGAGAAGAUUCCGUCUUGUUGGCAUGGCGCUGCUUGUUAUCUUGCUAAUAGUAGCGCUUGUCCCGACGAUCUCGAACUUUUGGACAGCCACUCUAUACGCAAAGACCAGUGGUAUCAUUCCGUCAUGCUGGACGGCGCAACUACCGGUAUGGUGUACUACAGGCUCGGAAGCUCAGGCCCUUGGAUUGGCGGUCUUCGAGGCAGGCGAUAGUUAUCUGAUCGAUGGCCCUGGCCUUGGAGAUGUCAAUCCUGAUGCUGUGGUUUCCUACAUCAUACUGGUUGGCGGAUUCCUCUGGAAAGCCGGUAACCUCGCUGAGACAACUCAAGGCUUCUUACAGAAGUGGCUGUGGCGAUUUCCAAUGGCCAUCCUAGAAAGACCACUGAGGAGUCUGGCUCGGAGAAAGCAAGUCAAUACCGUGAGUCUGGACUCGUCGGAAAACGCAUGGAACUUUGGUCAAAUCCUACCAUUACUACUCCUCGCCUUGCCCUUGUUGGCAGUCGUGGAAGCGCUAUACGAAAAAGACAAUCAUCGCACUUCGUCAGAGGACUAUCAAAUGAGAACAGCGAUCACGAAUGACUCCUAUACUGGGCUUCUUGAUUCUACGAGCCACCAAUCUACAGCCCUUGCUGAGUCGUCCCAACCAGACUCCCAUCUCAGCAAGCUGUUUGCGCAGCUGCGAUUUGAGACACCAGAUUCUGCAACCGAGCUACGACACUCCCUGUACAGCAGCAAGAUGUUCAAGGCCGUCUUACUGCUCUGGCAGUUCUUUCUCAUGCUGGCGUUUGGUUAUGUGGUAGGCAUGAAGGUGGUGUUUGCCAACCAGCCCUAUGAUGUGCAGCUUGAAGCUGCCCUUGGUGGAAUGUUCUUGUGGAUCGGUCUGAUAUCCACGUGGUCCGUGACGAUGCUAUCAGUUCGUUGGAGUAAGCUCUACGAAUGA